AUGCAGACUGAUUCUACAAACAUUUGUAAAAGACUGUACAAUAUGUCCAUCCGUGAAAUUUCCUUGCUACUAAAUAUUCCACAGUCAACUGUUAGUGGUAUUAUAACAAAGUGGAAGCAACUGGGAACAACAACAACUCAGCCAUGAAUUGGUAAGCCACAUAAAAUGACAGCGUGAGGUCAGCGCAUACUGAAGCGCACAGUGCACAAAAAUCACCAACUGUCUGCAGAGUUAAUAGCCAAACUUCAUGUGGCCUUCAGAUUAGCACAACAACAGUGCAUAGAGAGCUUCAUGGAAUGGGUUUCCAUGGCCGGGCAGCUGCAUCCAAG